AUGGCGUCCAUCCGCAACUCCAAGCUUUUGUUUCUCCUCGACCAGCCAAUUUGCUCUCGAUGUAUCCCCAGGAAUACACCGGUUGGCGUUCGCUGGUUGUCCACCUCCACCGAAGCCCCAGCUUCGCCUCUGCUGGUCAAGAUCAAGAAUGAACUGAAGACUGCCAUGCGCGCAAAGGACACAUCAAGAUUAUCCGUCCUCCGGGGCACCAUCUCCGAGAUCAACCAAGCGGCCUCCUCUUCCACGCCCGUAAAGACAGACCUGCAGAUUCUCGCUCUACUGCGCAAGCGGAAAGCAGCCACAGAGACAGCGAUCAAGGAGGCUGAGGCGGCCAAGCGACCAGACCUGGCAGAGAAGCAAGCGAAAGAGAUGGAGGUGAUUGAUGAAUUGGUGGGGAGUGUGAAGCUGAUGGAUCCCGCAGUUGUCAGAUUAGUGGUUCGGGGGAAGAUAGAGACGUUGAGGGCCACGACGCAGGGGGAACUGAAGCAAGGCGUCAUUAUGAAAGAGCUAUUGAAACCCGGAGGCGAGUUGGACGGGAAGCCACUGGACAACAAGAUACUGGCCGAGUUAGUGAGAGAGGAGCUGUUCAGCAACCAUAAUCCCUCGUGA